CUCCAACUCCAAGCCGUCGCGCCGGAGCAGCUCCGGCCCGGAGAAGCCGCCGCAGCCGGCGGAGGUGCCGACGGCGGCGGGGGAGACGGAUUCGCCGGUGUCGCUCAAGUCGUUCAGCAUGGCGGACCUGCGGGCGGCCACCAAGAACUUCGGCUCCACGUUGUACCUGGGCGAGGGCGGGUUCGGGUGCGUGUACAAGGGGUGGAUCGACGAGACCACGCUCGCCCCCACCAGGCCCGGCGCCACCAACGCCAAGAUGGUGGCCAUCAAGAAGCUCAAGAAGGAGAGCUUCCAGGGCCACCAGGAGUGGCUCACCGAGGUUACCUACCUCGGCGACCUCCACCACGACAACCUGGUCAAGCUCGUCGGCUACUGCUCUGACUCCAACAGCAACAAGCUGCUGGUGUACGAGUACAUGCCGCGCGGCAGCCUGGAGAACCACCUGUUCCGACGGGGCAGCCAGCCGCCGCUGCCGUGGUCCACGCGCGUGUCCGUUGCCGCCGACGUCGCCCGCGGGCUCGCCUUCCUCCACUCCCGCGACGUCAUCUUCCGGGACCUCAAGUCCUCCAACGUGCUCCUCGGCCCCGACCACCGCGCCAAGCUCUCCGACUUUGGCCUCGCCCGCGCCGGCCCCACCGGCGGCAAGAGCCACGUCUCCACCCGCGUCGUCGGCACGCGCGGCUACGCCACGCCGGAGUACGUCGCCACGGGCCACCUCUCCGCCAAGAGCGACGUCUAUGGCUUCGGGGUGGUGCUCCUGGAGCUCAUGACCGGGCGGCGCGCGCUCGACGAGGCCCGCGGCGUGGCGUCGGAGCUGCUGGUCGACUGGGCCAUGCCGAUGCUGCAGGGGGAGCGGCGGAAGGUGAUAAGCGUCAUGGACACCAGGCUCGGCGGGUAGUACCCC